AUGCUGUGCACGGACCAGCUGCACACGGACCAGCGCGCACAGCCUCCCCUAAACAUCCCCUGUUACGCGCACCUUCCCGUCCUCCCCCCAUCCAUCGUGGCUGCCUGCCAAGGUCAGAUCCACGCAUUCGACUCCCAGGACCUCAUCGACGUCUACAUCCCAGACGACCCUGAGACUGUCCUCUACUGUUGCGAGCAGCAGCCGUGCCCAAAUCGGACACCCCGAUCAAUCGAGGAAGAUUACCCUCGUUACAAGGCGAUCCGACGAGCACAACACCCGCUCGGACCCCGAAGCACCCUUGCAUCUCGAUCGGCCUCGCGGCACUCUUGCCCUGUCUCCCCUACCUCCCGCCUCCCUCAAACUGUUGCCGAUCAAGCGCGAGGAGAUCUCCCUCCAGACCCUGCGCCAGAGCCUGAGCCUGAGGAGGGUGACAGUGAAGAAGGAGUCUCGGAGUCCGAGUCCGCGGAUCCUGCUCGGCCCGCCUCGCCGACAGCGCUCGCCUCUGCGUCAGCAAUCCCUGACGUACGUAACCCCUCCGCCGAACUUCCUCCGGUGCCUUCACCGCCGACUCCGCCGAGAGGCCGCUCGAGCACUCGCUCCUCCCGAAGUUCGACCGGCGGAAGGCCACCACAGCCGCCUCCACCCCCGCAGCGUCCUCCGUCCCCCCCGAUGCCAAUAAUGUCGUCCCCCGCAGCCGCCCUCGACAAGGAGACGUUAAAACUCCUCCUCCCACUCCGAUACGAUGGCAAAACCGUCAUUGAGUGCAACCGGUUCCUAUCACAGCUGCGCAUCUACUGGCUGAUCAACACGUCGUUGACCACCAUCGAGCUCAAAGUACAGGUUGCACUGAGCCUGCUCGACGGUGAUGCCCGCGCCUGGGCCACCCCCUAUUUCGCCCAGCUCGUAUCGGUGCAGAUAGGUGUGCAAGGGGCUAUGACCUCAUUCGCAAACGAAGCGGCCUUUGCCGCCGCCUUCAAGGCCCACUUCGGAAAUCUCGACGACGAGGCGGCAGCACAAGUAGAGCUGGCGAAGCUCUGCGCGGACAAGUCGGUCCGUGAAAAACGCACCGCUGCGGAAUUCUCCGCGCUGUUCAAGGGUCCGGCGGACCGCUCUGGGUAUGGGGACCUGGAGCUACGCGACAAGUACCUGAGCGGCAUCCCCUCCCGCGUAUACCGAAAGAUCGAGCUCGAGACCUUCACCACGUGGCAAGCAGCUGAGAAGCACGUCACUGAGGUCGAACAGAUCCUCGACAUUAGCCGGGCCCGUCGGCCCGAGCUAAAUAACUUCUUCUCGGCCCGAGGUUGA